AAAAUAUUUAAUCUUCUAUUAUAGUCAAAAUUUUUCCAGCUAAUCCGUUUUUAUUACACGAAAAACCAAUAUUACGAGUAAUGAACACGUAUUGGAUUUGUUCCGAAUUUAUUCGCUAGGAUCAUUCAUUGUCAUCACUUUCACUUUUCACACGAUUUGCUAUAAUAGUGGUUCUAGUGUGCAUCGAGGCGCUGUCGCCAUGGAUGACACCAUGUCGACCCUAACGAAAAUGACCCGCACGGUUAAAAAACUGGAGGUGCCCAGACCCCUGAAAUCGACGACCAGUUCCGCUCACAACCGCAACUCUGUGUUGGACGUCAAAAUAAACUCUGUCGAUGACCUCAUAGUGUUGACAGAAGCGGUGGCGUACCAAAUGAUGCAGGGUAACUAUGACCGUGCGCUUCAAAGCAAUGUGGCCACCAUGUACUCUAAUCUGAAGCUUUACGGCGCUCAGCUCGAAGCCCUCUAUAAGGACUUUCUUGAUAGAUACUUUGUUGUGUUCCGUAAUGGUUCACAGGACGAACGAUUGGAUAAGAAAACUAGACUUCAUCUUCUCGAGCUGAUUGAGCUGCGCGCCAAACUCUGGCAGGGCUCCGACUACAUGAGUCAAUAUUAUAGACACCGCGGCACCCAUGCUGAGCCGCUGCUGGUGCCGACGAUGGAGGGGUCGGGGUCGGGCGGCUCGGUGUCCCCCACGCUGGCUGCGCCCGCCGAGCCGCCCGCGCUGCUGGGCCCCGGCGAGAUCAUCAAGCCGUCGGGCAAGUUCCCCAAGCCCACCAAGAUUCCCGGGAAGAACUACUCCAAGGACGAAGUUGUCAUCAGGAAUGCUGAUUCCGGGAAAGUGAUGGGUAUCAAGGGCAGGAGGGUGCACAUGAUCGAGGAGCUAAGUGACACGAUUAUAUCGUUUCAGCGAGUGAGUCCCGGUGCGAAGGAGCGUCUCGUCCAGAUCACUGGGCCGAACGAGGAGAAUGUCAACCACGCGAAGCACCUGAUCGGCGACACGAUCCGGCGCAACGCGUCGCCGGUGCGGCUGGAGGGCGCGGACGCGGCGCUGGCGGGCUCGCGCGCCUCGCUCGACUCCGCCGGCUCCGACGACGCGCCGCGCCAGAGGGAGAAAUCUCCGCAUAACGCCCGGGCUCUGCUUCAUAGCUUGUCCACUAAUGAUGCUGCACUGGGGGAGUAUAAGUACACUGUGACUUUUGGGCAACAUUCCAUUAAGAUCACGGGCCUUAAUUUGGAUCUUGUAAAGACUGCGAAGUUAGUGUUAGACGAGUACUUCGAGAGCGCGGGCGCGCUGGAGGCGAUGGGCGCGGGCUCGGGCGACUUCUUCACGCUGUCGCAGCGCCCCGCCGCCGCGCUGCUGCUGCGCGACGACGCCGCGCUCAACGGCGCCGACGACGACGUCUUCGCGCCGCCCGACGAGCACGCGGCGGCCGACUGCGACGCCGCGCCGCGCCGCCCGCGCUUCUCGCGCGCCACCAGCAUUGACAAGAACCAAGGCGGGGCCAGCGGGUCGCGGCAGACGUACACGUACGAGACGCUGGUGCAGUACGCCGACUCGCCGCUGAGCAAGCUGCCGCCCAGCGGGCUGGCGGCCUUCCCGGCCGAGCUGGCGCGCAAGAGUUGCCUGGAGUUCGACAGCGCCAGCUACUUGAAGAAGGUUCGCGCAGCGGGCGGCACCACCGUGGCCGCCGUAGACGCGCCCGACUCUCCCGAGCCCGAGUAAAUCUCGUCGCCGCGGUUCGCUCGCCUCGCACCAAACCUUCACACUGCACACGACACCACAGAGUUAUUGCUAACGUCAUAGUAGGUACCCCGCACGUGCCGCUACACAGUACACAGUCACGCGAGCGAACUGUCGAUACGCACUGAGGCAGCAACAUGAGGCAGCUGGCGAUCCGAAGUCGCUGCGGACGCGUCGCGUCCUCUAUUGAGGAGACGACUACCGAGCCGUCCGACGUGUCCGUUCUUAUACAACAUUAUUUUAGCGAGCUUCACUCUUUAAACUAAUUUAGCAGACUUGUCUUAAAGUAUUAGCACACCAAAAUAUUUAUUUUUAUAGUGGUGGUAUAGUAUACCUCAUUUUUGUGAAUAUUUAAUUCAUAAAUUAGCUGUGGAUCUGAUUAUGAAAAAUGUGAUAAAAACUUUAAAAUGCAUGUAAAAUGCAAUUUUGAUUUGCAAAAUCCACAGUCUUACGUUGAUCUCCCAUCAAUGUUUUUAUUUAUUUCCAACGUUAAAGCAUAAAACAUUCUGAACUGAACAUUUUCAGAUAAUGUCCAUUUUUCUUAAAAGCAACAUUGAUACUUUCAUAAUUUUGUUGUAUAUAUUGACUCUGUUAGUUUCGGAUAUCAUAGAGUGAUUCCAUUUAUUAUUAUAAGAAGAAUGCAUGCAUUUCUUUCGUGUGUUUGUAUACUCAUUUUCAGACUUUCUAGUGUCUAGUCCUGACGAGUAGAUGUCGAUUCUCACUAUAUCGUAAGCUUUUAUAUUUCUGAGGGAGCCUGCCAAUCAAUUUAAUUAUUAAAAGAAUUAGAUAUUAUGGUUUUCUUUAUAUUGUUUAAAAUAUUGUUGUAUUAUUUUUGUUGUACUAUUAGAGCUUUUAAAUAAACUUGCUGUGCACUAAACCAAAUAAUUGUUGUAGGGAUACCUAAAACAUAUUUACACUAACGUAUUUCGUGAUUUUGUGGUUGCCAGGCUUUCUUAUCUUUUAAACGGUUUUAGUAAGCUAUAUCGAACACUUAAAUCCGAAAUAUAUUAUCCGCAGGGAUACGAAUAUUUCCAAAUUCUGCGUUCAUAUAAUCGUCGUUGGUCGUAACCGACGAAAAACAACAAGACCGUCGUCACUCGCUCACCUUAUGCGAACAGAAAGUAUUAAGAAAUUGUUCACGUGCAGGUAUUAUUAUAAAAGACUAUUUUAUUUUAUUUAUUUUACUUUGAUGAGGCUAGCGAGUGACUUCUCACUAUAAAUUUAUCGGUUUAAAAAACUAAACUAAUUGGUGCUUACUCAUUGGGGAAGUAUUAUCGUUGAAUUUGUAAUUAAAGAUUUAUGUUUACACAUUUGUUUUUAUAUCAUAGACGUAUGGCUAUAAUUGUGAAAAUUGAUAUACUAAAUUUUCUAAUA